GCUGUGUCCCACACUGAGCCUGGGAGCUGCCACAGCUCAGGACCAAAACAUGAACUUGUCGAUUUAACCAGAUCAGCUACUGCUAGUGAGGGGGGAAAAUAGGAAAUCCUUUGAAAUUUAUCUUUCUCUUUAGGUUUAAAAAGUAUAAGAGGAAGGAGGGAAGAAUGAACAUGUCUGAACUUGGCCAAAACUCCGAUGAAGACGUGUGUCCUGAGGACAUUGAUGAGGAUGAAAUCCUGGCUAACCUGUCCCCUGAGGAGCUGAAGGAGCUGCAGAGCGAGAUGGAAGUCAUGGCCCCAGACCCUGAAAUCCCAACUGGGAUGAUACAGAGGGAUCAGACAGAGAAACCCCCCACGGGGAGCUUCGACCACAGGUCCCUGGUUGACUACCUGUACUGGCAGAAGGCAUCCAGACGCAUGCUUGAGGAUGAGAGAGUUCCUGUCACCCUCUUGCCCUCUGAGAGAAGUGCUGCGGAGGAGAUGGAAGGAGAGGCUGGCAGCAGUGGUGAGGUGGCUGGCAGGAGGAUGCCAGGAACAGAGGGAAAAGAGAGACAUUACCAAAAUGAGCACGUGUCUGAGUCAAGACCACAACCUGGGGACACAAAGAAAGAUAGAAGUGAUGAGGAGAGAGUGGUGGAGGAGGAUGAGAAAGAAGAAGCAGAGGAGGAAGAGGAAGAUGAUGAAGAGGAAGAAGAAGAAGAAGAAAAUGAGAGUGAAUUGGAAACAAAGGAGAAUGACACCAAUGAGAGCAGUCACAUCAACCAGAUAAGUCAGAAGCCAGGUACAGAACCAGGAGAUAUCAAAGAAAAGCCUAAGGAAAAUGAAAAGAAAAUAUCAAAAUUGAACAUCCCCCAGAAGUUAGCGCUGGAUACCAGCUUCAUGAAACUAAGUGCCAGGCCCUCAGGAAAUCAAACCAAUUUAGAAGACAGUUUGGAGAAAGUCCGAAAAAACAACCCAGAUGUGAAGGAGCUCAACCUGAACAACAUAGAAAACGUCCCCAAGGAAAUGCUGAUAGAUUUUGUCAACGCCAUGAAAAAGAACAAAAACAUAAAAACGUUCAGCUUGGCCAACGUGGGGGCCGACGACAACGUGGCGUUCGCGCUGGCCAACAUGCUGAGGGAGAACAGGAGCAUCACCACCCUGAACAUUGACUCCAAUUUCAUCUCUGGCAAAGGCAUCGUGGCCAUCAUGCGCUGCCUGCAGUACAACGAGACGCUGACGGAGCUCCGCUUCCACAACCAGAGGGGCCUGCUGGGCCACCAGGCAGAGAUGGAGAUUGCCAGGCUGCUGAAAGCCAACAACACCCUCCUCAAAAUGGGGUAUCACUUCGAGCUGCCAGGGCCCAGGAUGGUGGUGACCAACCUGCUCAGCAGGAACCUGGACAAGCAGAGGCAAAAGAGGCAAGAGGGGCAAAGGCAGCAGCAGAUGAAAGAGCAGAAAGAGUUGAUAGCCAUGCUGGAGAAUGGACUUGGGUUGCCUCCCGGGAUGUGGGAAAUGCUGGGAGUACCACUGCCCCAGCUGAGGAUGCAGGAGCCCCCACAAGCCCCUAAACCCCCCGUCCCUGCAGCUGUGUCACUGAGCAAGAGGCAGGAGAACAUGAGGCCACCAGCACCCGAGCAGCCGUGCAGAGAGAAACCCAUCAGCUUCAAAGUGGUCAAGCUGAAGAAGACUCAGCGCAAACCCCCCGUGCCAGAGUACGUGGAGCCUGCUGAGAAAACCAACCUCAAAGAUGUCAUCAAGACACUUAAACCAGUUCCCAGGAGAAGACCCCCUCCCCUGGUAGAAAUAACCCCCAGAGAUCAGCUCCUCAACGACAUCCGCCAGAGCAACGUCGCUUAUCUCAAGCCGGUGCCGUUGCCAAAGCAGCUGGAGUGAGAGACCAGACUGACCUGAAGAAAACAACUUGGAAUAAAGACUAUUCAAGUUUUGCUUACAACUGUUUCAGCAGAUGUUUUCUGCAGAACCCAGGUGGUGUAUUCAACUCUUUGGGAACAAAGCUUGUGAUACACACUUGUGAAAGUGUGGUGAAAAAGGCUGGCAUGGGAAAAGUCAGUUCUAAGUGUUUCCAUCAGGUAUCAACCAAUCCCACUGCCAUCUGUCUGCCAAGGGGAUUUGAGGCUUCAGUUUAUUGUGGGAGUAUUUUCUCAGAGGCAUCAAUAACCUUGUCUUUCUAGUUUGUCAGCAAACUAUUUCGCUUCCACGUCCUUCUGCUGGCAGAUUCUGCAGGAACACUCUGUGCUUUAUCUUAUCUUUCUUUUCACACAAAUGCUACUUUAUUACUCUCUUGUCCAUGAGAAAUGUAUUUGGUUUCUAUGUAUACAGCUUCAUUUUUUAGGCUAAGGAAACAGAAAUGAAAUAAAGCUCUCUCUGUAAGAA